UUAAUCGAAAGAAAAAGAAGACAAUCAGUUUUUUCGACGGAUAUCUCUGAGAGGGUAACCGAAAAAAGGACAGGUGACAAUAAGAAAUUGCGGCGAGAAACUUGUACAUCGUAUCUGUGAUGCGCGAGUGAGCAAUGGAGUCACCAGUCAUGUACGAUUCAGCGGCCCAUCAGGCCCAGGCCCACGGCGCGGCCGAUCUGAAGAAGUCUCAGGUACUCAACAACAACAACAACAACCAUCCGAGCAACAACAACAACAACAACCAUCCGAGCAACAACAGCAACGCGGCGAACAACAACAACAACUCGGCGUUGCAGGUGAAUCAUAACCACAGUCAGCAGCAGAGCAGCUCAGUGGUGAGCAAGGUCUCAGCGAGCAAGGCUAGCCUUCACCAGCAGUACGCGGAACACUGUGCCGCGGCCGGCGAGCUGACAGACCUGAAUACACCAGAGAUAUCGUUGGAUCUGCAACACCUGAUAGACGACAGCCACUUCAACGACGGCCUGUUAGACAUGCUGGGCGCGAACAACGGCGCCGUGAAACAUGUUAGAACGCCCGGUUAUCCGCGCACCACUCUCGCCUACAUGCCGCAACCGGUGCACAGCGGAGCGAGUUACCAUCAGGGGAGCAACAGCUGUAGCGACAGCAACAGCUCGAGCUCCGAAUCACCGAGUAUCAAAGAGGAACCGCUCGAUCCAGCGGAUUACCGUCGCCACUGCCCGCAAUAUCCACCCGGUGGGUACAGUCCGGUAACAAACGGACCGUUCGCGAACGGCGCACCAACGUUCACCACUCUGACACCGUCGACCGUGCCCGGUGGCCAUCCUGGAGCACCUGUUCACCAACCACCGCCUAGAGGAGGACCGAUGAAACCGGUGAUGGCUCAUCAGCAUCACGCGAACACGGCCGCGGCAGCGGCGAGGAAACAGACGAAGGCGAUCGACAAAGCGAGCGACGAGUACAGAAGACGACGGGAGAGGAACAAUAUAGCGGUGAGAAAGAGCCGCGAAAAGGCGAAGGUACGAUCGAGAGAAACGGAGGAGAAGGUGAAACUUCUGGUGAAGGACAACGACCUGUUGAAGAAGAGGAUCGAAUUGUUAACGGAGGAAUUGAACGUGCUCAGGUCUUUGUUCAGUAGCGUCGGCGUGGUACCGGAACAGCUACACCGCGAGAUCUCGAGGCACCUCGAUCAGUUUCAGCAACACGCGGUUGGACCCAUGUAGCGUAUAAAGUCACGUUCGUGGAGCGGCGCGGUGGCAUCGCGCCGCCACUAUUACGCCUUUCUCUCGUCCACCGGCGUCGACCUUCGUCCCUUGCCUUUCAGGCCGAUACGAUUGUGAAAGAGAGUAAUGGUCGUUUCGAGGCGACUACUUCCGCUUUUCGGGCCCGUCUAAUGGUCCCGCUGGCCGCGCUGUUGCGCGCGCAUCGUCCGAGUAAAAGUACGAAAUACCGUGGUGGUUGGUGGUAUUGAAAACGUGCGGUCGAGAUGAUGGUAACUGCGUCUCUUUUGUCUCGUACCGCGGCGAAUGGAGAACGCAAGAGGUGCACGUGCCUAGUUGGAGGAGAGAAGUCGCGAUGGGAAUGGAGAACACGCGAAGGGAAGAGAAGCCGGUCGACGAACGGAACGUGUUGGAAGAAGAAAAAAGUGCCUCUGCUCAUGGCGAACUGUAUUUUCUCGUUUUUCUUUCUUUUGUACACCGAGUGCAUCGGACACUUUCCACGUUCGUCCUUGUAACGCGACACGACAACAGAAUAUUCGCGAAAGAAAAAGAAAGAAACGGAAACGUACGAUUGAAACGGGGGAAAAGAAAACAGAUAAGAGCGGAUGGAUAGCCGCCAUGUUGCGAUCUUCUGGUUCGAACCUUUUGGAACGUACGCGAGAGAGAGAGAGAGAGAUGAGAUGAAAAAUUCGAGAUGUCGACUGUUUCUCUUUUGCUUCUCCUUUCGUACCUUCUAUUUUCUUUUUUUUUUUUUUGUUUCUUUUCUCUGAAAGUACGUAAGACUGGGUGGUUCUGCCGCGUGUUCCCGGCGGAUUCGCCACCUCGAUCGAUCGCGUAAUUCGCAACACGCGUCACGACUCUGGACAGAUCACGCAUCGAUAUGUACAAGCGCAUCGACCACACUCUCGCAUCAGCGUAACGUACACACGCAGAUACACUUACAACUAACACGUGUGCUUUGAUACACGAGGCGCGCAUACAUAAAUUCGUUCGCAUAAAUCUUCCAUUCUCUUCGCAUUAUACAUUUUUGAUGCACCUUCCACUGAGAUCGUUCAUAGUACACGUACAAAGGGAAACAAACACGCACACGUACACGACUAAACACAGAGGAGAGAGAGAGAGAGAGAGAGAGAGAGAGAGAGAGAUGUGUAACGUGUAUGUGUACACAGAGAAGUAUAAUGACGAUGCGUUAGAAGCGAUGUGUACACGUGCACCGCGUUGUAGAUUGUCGUUCUCGUUACCAAGUACCUAAAACUGGCACACCGUAAUGUUUUUUUUUUGCGAACAGUAUAUCGAUGCCGAAUGGAAAAGAAAAGGGAAGAAAGGAGACGAAAAAUGCUAUCUCCUCGGAUUCGUUGUAUCUUUUCCUUCUUUUCUCUCUUUUCCUUCAUCCACCGGGAAAAAUAGAAGCAAAAAGAAAAAACACGCGCGCGUCAAAAGGAAGAAGAAACUACUGUUUUAUCAUACACACACAGACACAGGCACACGCCCUUGUAUUAUAGCUCCAUAUUUUAAUUUUAUUAUAUUCGAGAGAGAUGUAUGUACAUAAAAAAAAAAAGCUAAUAUAUUUUGUUAGAGAAACGAAAACGUAAAAACGGACUCGUGUUUCGUGAGAGAGAAAGG